AUGUUAUUGGUGAUUUUACUAGUUCUGAGUGUUCGUGCAGAUUUGCCGGUGCAUUGCGUUCGUCAUUAAAUUGUAGGGAAAUGGCAAUUAGAGUUUACAGAACCCUAAAUUAAAGGCAGUGGACCAUUGACAUGUGGUCAUAAUGUACCAGAUAAUGAACGUACAUCGUAAGUGGCAGGAUAGAAUACAUUUGUGAAGACAUCUACGCAUGAAGUUAUACUAACUGCUAAAAACAAUGUUGUAUAAAAGAAGAAACUGUAAGGCAAAUGGACAAUGGUGUAUGAUGAAGGAUUUGAGGUUGAUUUCUCGAAAUACAAAUGUUUUGCCUUUUCAAAAUACAAGACCAACUAUUCUGGAGCUUAUUCGUAUUGUGGAGAAACCUUGAUCGGUUGGUACUAGAAUACUGAGACUAACGAAAGAGGAUGUUAUAGAGCAAUUAAAAUAGAGAAGACUCACAAGGUAUCUGAGGGUGCUAAUAAUGGACAUGUUGUGCAGCCUCAAUUCUUCUAGUAUUAGAAUUCAGGAAUGAAUAAGGUUUGGUCAAGAGUUGAUGCACUCAAUUUCGUUGAGUAGAUUAACAGUGCAAAAUUAUAGUGGAAGGCUAAGGCAUAUGGUGAAAUAAUUGGACUGACGACUAAGUAGUUGAAUAAGUAUGCAGGAAGAAGAAAGCAUUCAUCAACUAUUUUGUUGGAGAAAUAAAAAAAAAAAUAAUAGAUAUUGGAAUAUGAUGUAAGUCAUUUGCCUAAGGAAUUCUCAUGGGAGAAAUACUUGGGCAAGAAGAUAUACGAAUAAAAGGGAUGUGGAUCAUGUUAUACUAUUUCAACCAUGACUAUGUUAUCAGCUAGAUUGAGAAUCAAAGGAGUGAAGGCUGAUUUGUCACCAUAACAAUCAAUCGAUUGCAAUUAUUACAAUUAGGGUUGUGAUGGUGGUUAUCCAUUUUUGGUGGAGAAGUACUUGACAGAAUUGGAUGGAAUGAUUUUCGAAGAGAAGGAGUAUCCUUAUAAGGGACAGCUAGGAGAAUGUAAAGCAGUUGAAAAGAAGAAACAUUACAGGGUCAUCAAUUAUAGAUUUAUUGGGGGAGCUUAUGGGAAGUCGAAUGAGUUGAACAUUAUGGAGGAGAUCCAUAAGAAUGGACCAGUGGUGUUGAAUUUUGAGCCAUCGUUUGAUUUCAUGUUCUAUGUUGGAGGAGUCUUUCAUUCCACAAUUCCAGAUUGGAUUAUCAAUGGGCUAGCUAAACCAGAAUGGGUUGAUCAUUCAGUGUUGUGUUACGGGUGGGGAGAAGAGAAUGGAGUCAAAUAUUGGUUACUUUAGAAUAGUUGGGGUAAACAGUGGGGAGAGAAUGGUAGAUUUAGGAUGAAGAGAGGAUAAGAUGAGUCAUCUAUUGAAAGUAUGGCAGAAGCAGCAGAUAUAGAGAUUAUUCAUGAUUCUUGA